AUGGAGAACAGCAAAUCUACUUUGUUACCUUUUGACACCAAUAACACCGCAUCGAUUGAAACACGCUGGAUGAAAUGGAAGAGAUCUCUGGAGUUGUUCCUAGAGGUGAAUAUUGUUGCUCUCCCAUCCAGGAAGAAGUCGUAUCUGCUGCAUUUCAGUGGAACACAGAUACAGGACAUUUUUUUCGAUACACCUGGACACGAUGCACCCCCGCCAGCGGACUCGGACGUUUACAAGGAGGCGAUAAGAUUACUGGAUGCUCAUUUUGCACCAUUCUCCAAUGUUCCUUACGAUCGGUACGUGUUCCGGAAAAUGAAGCAAACUGAAGAUGAAUCGGUGGAGAAAUUCGUCGCCCGUCUUCGAGAGCAAGGGCGCCUGUGCGAGUACGGGAAUGCACUCGAUAUGCGAGUUGCAGAACAAGUGUUUGACAACAGCCGAUCGGACGAGCUGCGUGAAGUGAUUAUUAAGAAGAAGUUGAUGAAUGUGGAAGAAAUCGUGCAGGAGGCACGGAUCUUGGAAACAGUGAAUCGUAAUAAGGAGGAUAUGAAGAGAAAUUCGGCUCCUAUGGGCCAAAGCUGUGUGAACCAAAUCAAAAAGGGUGCGAAGAAAGAAAAGUGUUUCCGAUGCGGAAAUGUUGGACAUUUUGCCAACGAUAAAAGUUGUCCCGCGAAAAACAAAGUGUGUGAUAGCUGUAAGCUAGUGGGACAUUUCCGGAAAAUGUGCAAAACCAAGCCGGAGAACCGAAAAUCGAAGGAUAAAAGAAGCAAGAAGAAGGUGUGGCAAGUUCAAGAUUCCGAAGACGAGAGCAAUGUCCCAGGCGGCAGCGAAGUCAGCAGCGAAGAUAGUGACGACGACGUUCAGCACAUUUACGCUACCGGAAAUAAACACGAUCUGGUGACAUAUUACACAGGUGGUGUAAAAUUGGAUUGGAUUGUCGACACCGGCGCUCACGUUAACGUCAUCAGCCGAACUACAUGGCGUCAUCUGAAACAACACGGAUGUAAAUUUACCGACGUCCAGAAAUCACGGAAAUUUCUGCGGGUCUACGGUAACGGUAAACUAACAGUUCACAAGACUUUCAAAACGGAAAUUACCACCCGUUCGAAGCGUGUAUUUCACGACGUGUAUGUUGUGGAUAACGAAACAGGGGCUAAUUUGCUGUGCAAGAGUACAUCGUUGGAGCUGGGAAUUGGCAGCAAGGCGAGUUCUGCGUAA